AUGAAGGAGGAGAAAGAUUGUCAUUUCCAAUAAGUAAUAAACAAAUGUUAAUGUCGAUGGAUUUGUUGAAACCUUAAAGUUGAAAACCGUUUAGUUCAGCUCAGUCUUUGAACACAAAGCUUACCAGUUUUAACUUGUGAUCAUCAUUUGCUAUCUUUUCACUUUCCAUAUUGAUUGUGGGUUCAGUUAUCAUUACCAAGUUUAAUCAUGAAUGGUAACUCCAGUAGCUCAGGAAAAAGAGCAAUUGUGAUUGGCGCUGGUGUUGGUGGUUCAGCUGUUGCUGCUCGAUUGGGUAAAUUAGGAUUCGAUGUUACUGUUUACGAGAAAAAUGAUUUCAGUGGAGGCCGAUGUUCGUUGAUCAGAAAAAAUGGACAUCGAUGGGACCAAGGCCCAUCACUUUACCUAAUGCCUAAGCUGUUUGAGGAGACAUUUGCUGAUUUAGGUGAGGAUAUCAACGAUCACUUGGAGCUGCUUAAAUGUCCGAUCAAUUAUCGUGUUUACUUUCAUGAUGGCAAAUUAAUUGAAUUGUCCAGUGAUAUCCAAGCAGUUUACCGACAGUUGGAAAAAUUUGAGGGAUCAAGUGAAGAUACGCUGAUGAGAUUUCUUGAUUUUCUCAAAGAGUCUCAUGUUCAUUAUGAGCAUUCAGUUCAAAUGGCUCUAAAAACACGAUUCGCGUCAAUUUGGGAUCUUUUCAAGUUAAAGUAUAUUCCUGAAUUGUUUCGUAUGCAUUUAUACUCGACUGUUUAUAAAAGAGCAACAAAGUACUUCAAAACUGAACACAUGAUUAAAGCUUUCACUUUCCAAUCAAUGUACAUGGGCAUGUCUCCAUAUGAUAGUCCUGGCCCGUACAGUUUACUUCAAUACACAGAGAUUGCUGAGGGUAUUUGGUAUCCCAAAGGUGGAUUUCACAGAGUUGUCGAUAAGCUGAUUGAAAUUGCUUCAAAUAAAUUUGGCGUUAAAUUUAAUUACUCUGCACCAGUGAGGAAAAUAAAUGUUGAUGGUAACAAAAAAGUCACUGGUAUAACACUGGAGAGUGGAGAGGUUAUUGAUGCUGAUUUUGUGGUGUGUAACGCUGAUCUGGUAUUUGCUUAUAACAAUUUACUUCCACCAACAUCGUACGGCACUAAAUUGGGUUCAAAAGAUCACACUUCAUCUUCAAUAUCCUUUUAUUGGGGAUUGAAGGAAAAAUUACCCAAAUUUACUGUUCACAAUGUUUUCCUGGCACAAAACUAUAAAGCUUCGUUCGAUGAGAUCUUCAAGGGACACACUCUGCCAACACAAGCAUCUUUUUAUGUUAAUGUGCCCAGUCGAAUCGAUCCAGAUGCUGCUCCACCAGGUAAAGACACAAUGGUUAUUUUGGUACCAACAGGUUGCAUGACCAAUGAAAAAGGAGCAGAUUUUGAUGGUUUGGUGGCAAGAGCACGAGCACAGGUUAUUGAGACGAUUGAAAAGCAAAUGGGCUUUGAAUCCUUUGAAUCUUACAUUGAAACUGAAAUUGUCAAUGAUCCAAGAACAUGGAAGGAAAAGUUCAACCUUUGGAAUGGUUCAAUUCUUGGCUUAACUCAUUCCAUUCCUCAAGUUCUUUGCUUCAGGCCAAGUUUGAAGAGUCCCGUAUUUGAUAAUUUAUAUUUUGUUGGAGCCUCGACUCAACCAGGUACUGGAGUACCCAUUGUUUUAUGUGGAGCUAAAUUGUUGGAAGAUCAAAUUGUCCAAGAUAAACUUGGUAAAACCAAGCAAACUGAAAAAUUCUCGUUCGACUUUAUUGGUAUCUUCAUUCCACUCGUCCUAUUAUUGCUGUUUUAUUUUGUCUUCGGUAACAAAUAAAAAUUGAGAGUUUUAAUUAAUAUAUCGAAUAUUUUAAUAAAAAUUUCCUCGUCAUAAAAA